UAUAGUGGCGACGGCUGACCCUCUCCGGAUAAAGUCACCUACCUCCUCUUCGACGAACCUUCCUCCUUCCUUGGUUCCUUUAUGUCUGUCUGUCUGUUUGUCUUUCUACCUUCAGGCUUCAAUCCGAUCUAGUGUCAGCCCUUAUAAAAGUCGUCCGUCAAUCAGAAGCAGCAGCAGUUGAUUCUUCUCGCUCGCUCUCAUUCAGAUCAGACCAGAUCAAAUCAUCUGUCAGAUUUUGGGGAAACCGUUUCUUUUUUAAUUGUGUUAUCAGAUUCUUGGAAUUGUUUAGAAUAAGGUUGAUUUCUGGUUCUUAUGUGAAUAAAUAGUUAAUUGAGCUAGGAAUCAUUUCCAUUUCAAGGAUGAUGAACAGUACUACUUUAGUAGUAGAGCCAGCGUAUACUUAUUCCUCCUCCUCCUCGAAUCUGAAUCAGAAUCAGAAUCAGCCAUCAUGGUCGUCGGAAUUAGGGGAAAUUCCUGGCGUGGGUGUGAAGGAAGUGGACCACUCAGAUGCUAUCCUCAGAUUCAUAACCCAGAUGCUCAUGGAAGAAGAGGACCUUGAGAACCAGCCCUGUAUGCUCCACGACUGCCUGGCCCUCCAGGCCACGCAGAAAUCCUUGUACGACCUCCUCCUCAACGCCCAAAGCCCUACCGAUCAUUUCACAGCCGACGCCGACGACCAAUCUUCCCAAAUCAGCCUCCCCCCCGUCCGGGAGAAGAAAAAUCGCCGCCGGGAAGACGCCGAAGACCGCCGGAGCAGCAAGCAGUUGGCGGGCAGCGCCGACGAAUCCGUGCCAUUCGAAAUGUACGAUAAGGUCCUCCUGUGCUCCGACUCGGACCCGGUCCGGAGAAACAACACCAACAGGGGAAAGCUGCAGAGAGGCCGGAAGAAAUCCCAAGCCGAAGCCAUUAAAGUCGAUUUGAGCAGCCUACUGAUGCAAUGUGCGCAAGGCGUGGCGAGUUUCGACACCCGCUCCGUGGCCGACUUCCUUGUCCGAAUCCGGGAGCAUUCCUCGCCCCACGGCGAUGCUAUGGAGAGGCUCGCCCACUACUUGGUCAACGCCAUCGAUGCCCGUCUUGCCGGCGCCGGAACGGCCUCGUACGCCGCCAUUAACGCCGUCGCCGUUCGAAUCUCCGCCGCCGAGAUUCUCAAAGCCUACAAGACGUACAUCACUGCUAGCCCCUUCAAGAAGAUGUCCAAUGUGCUGGCCAACAAGACCAUCAGAAAACUGGCCGCCAAUGCCGAGACUCUGCACAUUAUCGAUUUCGGCAUCCUUUACGGCUACCAGUGGCCGUGUCUGAUUCACGCCCUGUCCGAGAGGCCCGGCGGCCCCCCAAAGCUUCGGAUAACCGGGAUAGACUUUCCUCAGCCGGGGUUCCGUCCAGCAGAGAGAGUCAAGGCCACGGGGCGGCGCCUGGAGAACUACUGCAAGAGGUUCAGAGUGCCAUUCGAGUUCAUAGCCAUAGCAAAGAAAUGGGAGACCAUCAAGCCGGAGGAGCUGAUGAUCAAGGAGGGCGAGGUGGUGGUGGUGAACUGUCUAUACAGGCUACACAACGUGCCGGACGAGACGGUGAUGGCGGACAGCCCGAGAGACGCGGUGUUGCGGCUGAUCAAGGAGAUAAAUCCCGACAUGUUCAUCCACGGAGUGGUGAAUGGGACGUUCAACACGCCCUUCUUCAUCACAAGGUUCAGGGAGGCGAUGUUCCACUACUCGUCCCUGUUCGACAUGUACGAAGCGACUGUGGGAAGGGAGGACGGCAACAGGGCGCUGUUCGAGGAGCACGUGUUCGGGAAGGAGGUGAUGAACAUAAUCGCCUGUGAAGGGACGGAGAGGGUGGAGCGGCCGGAGACGUACAAGCAGUGGCAGGCGAGGAGCGUGAGGGCGGGGUUCCGGCAGCUGCCGCUGGACCAGGAGCUCGUGAAAUUUGUUAGGAGGAAGGUUAAGAAUGAGUACCAUAAGGACUUCUCUGUGGAUGAAGAAGAUGGAAAAUGGAUGCUUCAGGGAUGGAAAGGGCGUGUUAUUCAUGCCAUAUCUUAUUGGCAACCUACUUCUCAAUAAUACUAUCAUCUAUCCGACUCGACUGUGUGUUCUUUCUUUUGAAUAGUGGUACAUGUCGGCAUUUAAAUAGAGAUAAUUAAACUGCACCAACACAUGCACAAAUAUAUUUACUUAGAAAGAUUCAGCUGUAGACAGUCGUGCAAUGAUCAAAUCCAGUUCGGUCGCCAAUGAUUUA